AUGGCGCCAACCUGGCUUCGACACGCUCCGUCCGAAGUAGAACGCGUGAUACAUGGCCUGCCCCUCGAGCUUGACGCAGCCGGAGGCGAGGGUCCUUCGCUUUAUAGCCCCGACGAAUCAGAGGAGGAACACCACUUCCGGAUCUGGACGAUGGCUCGCUUCGUCGAUUCUCAGAUCGCCUCUACGGACAGUCUUCACUCUUUCACCACUCGCAAUCUUCAACUGGACGAUGUGCCACCCUCGCCCGCGUCGGGUCCCAUUCGAUACAUAGCCGAGGACCAGGCCAUCGACGACAUGCCUCGUGACACCCACCUACCGGGAUCAUUACGCAACCCUGCGGCGAAGGAUCUUCUGCAGGAGACUUUAGACGGCUAUGUCACAUCGUACUAUCCCUCGCUGGUCGCAUUCCUCACCCGACUGCCACGGGAGUCGGCCUCCGCUACUGCAAACCUUGUUUGGGAGUGUCCGCAAUGCCAAUAUUACUUUUUCCCUCUCAAUAUGGGCGCGGACGAGCACGCUCAUCUCCUCGGGAUCGCCCCCCAUCUCGAGGCAGUCGAUAUAGAGAGCGGUUCUGUCUCUAUCGAUGCGUCAGACCACGAUAUGCUACUCCGGUACAUCGAUCAUUUUGCCUACCACCACGUCGAUCAUGCGCACCUACGCCAGAUUGGAGUUUACUUGGAGUUCCCAAAACCGGAAUCAGCCUUUCCUGCCCCGGCAGUUUGGUACUUCGUACAUGACAGGCCGCCAGACAGCGACCUCACUGAUGACGAGCUCUCAGUUGAGGUGCUCCGCGACCUCUUGCAGACCCGGCGCGACUUCGAGAAAGAGGACUCUCGCCUAGGCGCGGAGUUGCGCUCGAGCCUACACACAAAAGCCUCGCGCGCUGUCCGGCGUACCCUUCAUCGCCUGUCAGUAUAUCUCACUAUCUCGCGCUACAACCAGCGACUCGGACGGCGUGAUAUGGUGCAGGGUCUUUUCGCCGCUGGCCGCUCCAUCACGGAAGUUGGACGCGCGCUCGUUCAUAGGAUACGUAAGGACGAAGAAGAUGCUGACCAGCAAGAGUCGUUACGCCAGUACUACAGUUACAAACUUGCUUAUGGCGCCGCGAUUGCUUCUGGAUCUUGUUAG